AUGCUGCUAUGGGGAUCCUUGCUUCUUCUGUUAGUGGUGGAGCGAGUGGUCGAUGCAUGGGAUGUGAACGGGGCAUGGCAGCUUUGCAUCGGCGUGGUGUGCCGAAGUCGACCCCUUGAUGUUUCCAGCGAUCCGGAUCGUUGCUCGGAGUUCGACAGACGAAAGUUUGCUGUCAGCUCCGGUGCGCUGUGCCUCAGUCAGGGGAGCUGCAAGCGGAAAUGUUCGGAGCGUGCUGACUGUCACCAUGUGCAAACGUACGUUAACGAAGAAGUCUGCUACUUGAAGCCGCUUGCUUGCGAAGCAGAUGAUCACUGGUAUGCAGACCAGGAGUAUUUUGCAUUUGUGAAGUCAGACCUGACCGUUGGCUGCCCUGAGCAGCCGCUGUCCAGGCCUCCGAGCACUCUCGCGACCACGGCUGCCCCUUUGGCCCAGCGGGACGGAGAAGAGUUGGUGGUAUUCCACACACCGUCUCCACUCGCCAUCCCGGCUGCUUCGCAGGAGACAGAGCCCGUGACGCUCAGCUUCCACACCCCUGCGCCGAUCGUGGCGCCCCCCACGGCGAGGUCCUCCUGGUCUCACCGGGAGCCUCCGGUCCCGCAGGAGCCUGUGAAGCUCAGCUUCCACACUCCUGCACCGAUGGUCGCGCCGUCCGCCGCAGCAAAGUCCUCGUGGCCUCACGGGAGGGCCCCGCAGGAGUCACUGACGAAUCCAGGGGACCGCUGGUACGUGCGCUUGGGCAAGCGCUGUGUCCAGGAAGGCUUGAACAUGGAGGGCCACGAUGACCAGUGCUUCAAGCAUCCUGGGAGGAAUGGAUUCGUAGGGUCCUUCCGCAGUGGCCGGUCGGCCAUCUGCUUGGACGUCAACCGCUGCAUGCAGCUUUGUGACAAGACGCAGGAUUGUCACGCUGUGGAGAUGUCGCAGGUCGAUCGAUGUCAGCUGAAGCCUGCGGGUUGCCUCUCUGAGGGCCAGUGGGAGCCCGACGCCUCGACGAACCUCGUCGUCCUAAGCCACAGCAGCCGCACAACGAGCUCCACCACGACGGAACUUGUUCUAGCCGACCGGCCGCGGACGUCGGGUGUGGAGGUUCUACUCCGGGCGGCGAAGAUCAUCGCGAACAAUUCGCUUCAGCAGGUGCGAAGAGACCAGCUCGAAGAGUCGAACCAAGACGAGGUCCAGGAGACCAGGCUAAAGCACUUGGCCUCGCUGAUGCACUUUAGCUCUGUGGAUCUGCCAGAUGGUUCGCACCAGAGCUUCAAGUACAGCAGCAGCGUGCUCCGGGGCUGUACCCUGUACCUGGUGCCCUUCAACGCGGAGAAUGUUGGCAUUUUCGACACGGCCACCAAGCAUUUUCGGACGGUUUCCUUACCCUCUGGAAUGAUGGGCGGGUCCAAGUACUCCGCCGGCGUGAUGGCGGAAGGCGGAACUGCUUACUUUGUGCCGUAUGCUGCGGACAACAUUGGAGUUUUCGACGUGCACAAGGAGGAUUUCAGAACAAUCGAUAUCAGCGCGGAGACCUCUGCGGAUUGCAAGUAUAGUGGUGCCCUCGUCUCCGACGGCAUUGCCUACUUCAUACCCAGCUCCGCAAGCAAUGUAGGUGUCUUCAACCCGACCACCGAGUCCUUCCGUGCGGUUCCGCUGCCAAAUCCCAGCUCCAUUCCCUGGAAGUACCGUGGCGGGGUGAUUUUGGAGCGAACUUGCUACUUUGCUCCCCACAACGCCGACGACAUCGGAAUGUUCGACAUCGACUCGCUCUCGUUUCGGUCCCUUGACAUCUCCGGGACGAUCUCCAUCGGACGAAAGUUCUCGGACGCCUUCGAGCACAACGGCGCGGUCUACUUCGUUCCAUUCAACGCGGAUGCCGUGGGUGUCUUGGAGAUCGAGACGGAGCACUUCUUGCUGCUGGAUAUCGCGACGUCGAUCUCGAGGAACUUCAAGUAUUGGGGUGCUGUGCCGGACAGGGGCCUGGCAUAUCUCGUCCCCUACGACGCCGACAGCAUCGGUGUUCUGCACCUCGACUCCGAGUCCUUCGUGACGAUCGACAUAUCCGGGAAGAUCAACGCAGAUUCCAAGUGGUUCUCCAGUGGGAUCUUGGUGAACGGGGCCGUCUACUUCAUCCCCGGGAGUGCCGGGAGCAUCGGCAUCCUGCAGGUCGACCGGGGCGAUCCUGCUUGUCAUCACGACACAGAGCACGUGAAGCGGAAGGAGGAGGUGCGCGUGGCCGGGGCCGGGCAUGGGGCGGCACUAAGGCGCCAUGGACAAGGCCCACCACACAGCCAGCUGGCCGAUCUCCUCCAGAGCGCCUCUCCGGUACUUUCUGCGGUCGGUUCCGAUUCGUUCCUGGCCUCCGCUGUCCUCGUCGGGGCCGUGAUCUGUGCUCUGCUGACCCGUGGCUCAUCGUCGAAGUUUCGGUCGUUACAGCCCCUGUUGAGUGGCACGCUGGCCGUUUGCGUUUCCGCUUUGCUCUUCUUUGUUCUCCGUGGUGGCCUUGAUCUGCUGCGCCAGCGCCACACGCCAUUCUGGGAAGAGCUGCUUCCGGCAAUGGGCUUCUUCCUAGGCCUCUACGGCUUGCUCCAGGUGAUGCUCCUACAAGAUCGCUCCGAAGAUGGCUCGGAGAGCUUGGUCCUGGAGCGUCCGCUUCCUGAAGCGAUGAUGGUGUGCUCAGGAUACAUCGUCCUCUUCACUGCGGUGGAUGCAGGUGGAGCCCUGGAACACUUCUUUGGGGGCAGUCCGCUCCAGGUGGCACUCUCCCUGCCCUGCUUCCAGCUGGUCCUUCUGGGCUUGGAUCGCCUCGCAGGUACGCCGGAGUAG